UCACCACUGCCACCACUACCGCCCCCGCUGGCACCACUUCUCUCCUCCGUCAGCUGGAUCGCGGCGGUGAAGAUCCCGCUUCCAAGGCGCAUCGUAUUGGCCUCUCCUCGUAAAACCCUAGCCUCAGUCUCCCACCUUUCUUCCCCAAUGGAAGUCGAAGUGAAGCUGCGCCUCGCAGACGCCACCGCCCACCGCCGUGUCACCAGCUUGCUCUCCCCCUUCCACGUCGUCACCCACCGCCAGAAAAACCUCUUCUUUGACGGCGCUGCGUCCGAGCUCUCCGAGCGCCGCGCCGUGCUGCGCUUGCGCUUCUACGGUGACGACGAGCGGUGCGUCGUUUCGCUGAAGGCGCGAGCGGUGCUGGUGGACGGCGUCAGUCGCGUGGAGGAGGACGAGGAAGAUCUGGACCCGCGGGUCGGGCGCGAAUGCGUUGCAGAGCCUGGGAAGUUGGGAUCGGUGGAAUCUAGGGUUUUGCUGAGGGUGAAGGAGGAGUUUGGAACUGAAAAGGGGUUUAUAGGAUUGGGAGGGUUUGGGAACGUGAGGAAUGUGUAUGAUUGGAAGGGAUUGAAAUUGGAGGUGGAUGAAACUAAGUUUGACUCUGGGAUUCUCUAUGAGAUCGAAUGUGAGAGUGCUGAUCCCGAAGGAGCUAAACGGCUCCUUGAGGAGUUCUUGAAGGAGAAUGAAAUUGAUUAUUCUUACUCUACAGCCUCCAAAUUUGCCAUCUUUCGAUCUGGAAAACUGCCUUAGUCAGUGAAAUUUGCCUGAGUGAGUGAAAUUUGUGUACUUUUGAGUUUAUGCUCCUGCUGUUAAGUGUCUAAGAAUAAAACAAACUCAUGUCAUAUGAGCUGCUACUAUUAUUAAUUUGAAUCUGCCUAGUUUUUUCGUUU